AUGCCCUCUCCCAACCCCUCGCGUCCGCCCUCGCCGACGCCCUCACAGCUGCCCCCCGUGCCCAGCUCGCCCGUCUACUCCAUCGCAUCGACGGCCAACCCGCUCUCCAGCUUCAACCUCCCGCUCCCGCCAGCACCGCGGCCCUCGCACGCCGUCCUCACCAAGAAGGACCUCGAAUCCUCCCACCUCGCCUACUCGGACCUCGUCGCCUCGGCCAAGUCGUACCGCCUCGCGCUCGCCACCCUAUCCACGGCCGCGUCGUCCUUUGCCUCGGCCCUCGAGUCGUGCGCCCGCCUGAAGGAAUCGCGCGCCGAGCCCAUCGGCCACCACGCCGCCGGCGCCGGCAUGACGGCCAGCUUCACCACAAUGGGCGCCUGCACCGCCGACACGCUCCUCUCGGCCUCGGGCGUGCACCACCUCAUCGCCAACCACCACCAGAUCCUGUCCGAGACCGUCUACCGCUCCUUCGAGGUGCCCCUCCUCCACGACCUCGACAAGUGGCAGACCGUCAUCGACGACGAGGAGGAGACGUACCAGGCCAGGAUCAAGGCCCAGAGCAGGGAGGUCAAGCGCCUGGAAAAGGAGGGCCUGAAGCUGCACAGGCAGCGCCGCCGCGACGUGGCCCGCUUCCGCGCGCACCUCGUCGAGCUCACGCGCAAGCUGGACGGCCUGACCACCCUCCACGCCGACCACUCGCGGGCCCUGCUCCGCGAGAGCCAGGAGACGAGCGCCCGCAUCGUCGACGCGAGCUGCAGCCUGGUGCGCGCCGAGGUCGACAUCUUCGAGAGCCUGGCGCGCAAGGGCUGGACCGGCGGCGGCCUCGACGACCUGCUGGACAAGGGCACCGACCUGUUCGCCGCCGAGGACGCCGGCGGCCACGCCACCGCCUCGUCGGGCGGCGCAGACGCCGCCAAGCUCUUCUCCAUACUGCCCCCCAGGAGCAUCCUCGCCGACCCGGCCUCCGAGGUGACGCGCCCGGGGCACGGGAGGGGGGACAGCCUGCUCAUGGAGUCGGAGCGCUACCAGUCCCUCGCGGCGCUGGCGGCGGAGCAGAAGCAGAACGGCGUCGGGGCGGGAGACGCCGACAGCGUCUUCUCAGCCGACUUCAACAAGCCGCGGGGCGCGAGGCCCUUCUCGCCGCAGCCGAUACGGCGGGGUUCGGCCGGCGGGGCGUUAUUGCAUGGCGGCAUUGUUUGCCUGAUUGGAAGGACGUAA